AUGGCUCCUCAGCACUCGGGUGAUGUCUUGACUCCGCUGCUCGGCGCUUUGAAUUUUCAAGCGCAGCGUCCAAAAUACCCUUUUGUCUUUCUCCCGGAUCAGAUGCCUCAGAUACCGCAGAUACCUCAGGUGCCAUACAUGUAUCCAAAUGUUCUUCCAUACCCUACCCUUCCUUAUCUGGUGAGUUGUAAUGAAGAGCAGAAGAACGAAAGCCUCAGCCUUCCUUUUCAGAUGAUGAAGACUCCCAACGGUUACAUCCUUCAGGACCUGGAGAGCCUGACACAGCAGGAUCCCCCAAUUCCACGGGCAGUGCCUGCAAUGUGGACCAAUCCAUCCGAUCUUACCCUCGCCAAAUGCCUGGAGAAUCGUGAGGGUAUCACCAAUGUUUACAUCCGAGGUUUCCUGCCGGAAACGACCGAUGAGAUGCUGUACGCAUAUGCUUCCCGCUUCGGAAAAAUUGAUCGUUGCAAGGCAAUUGUGGAUUUGGAUACAGGUCUUUGCAAAGGAUUCGAGACCCGCGAGAUCGCAGAGAAAGUGUUGACCGGAUUCCACAACGUCCUGGCAAACGAUGGUGUCAAAUUACUCCUUCGCUUUGCAGACACAAAGGCUCAAAAGCUGCUCAAACAGCAAAGCAAUGAGCGCCGUGCUUAUCGAGCUGGGGAGUACAAUUACUCAGUUGAGGUAGUCCAAGGCUCAACCCCAUCACCUUCUUUGCAUCGUCUGCAACAAACUGCGUCCCAUCUCAGCCCCAGCUCCCAAGUCAGUUAUCCGUCUCCUGUGGGGAUGGGCCCUACCUGGACUCCUGCGACGUCCAUUUCUCCUCCGUAUCCUGUGGUGAAGAACCAGCCCAGCAAUGUACACCUCAACACCUGGUCCGCUGGGAACAGCUCAGCAAUACUUGACACGCCUGUCUAUCGUGGACGGCUUCCAAUUAGUCGUAUGAGCUGGAUGGAAACCAUCUCUGGCGGUUCGUCUAGGACAGUUUCGUCCAGGACAGCCUUGCCCAACUCUCCUUGUGCCGAACCCCGUUCUGGGCCAACCAGCCCCCGAAAGGAGAAUAUCAAAGCUGAGUCUUUGUCGCCUAUCCCGUCACGCAGGGAGAUUACUGUGAGAUCUCCGCGAUCCGUCCACUGA